UGUGAAUCUAAAAAUAGAAAGUCCAGUUGUAUCUCCUGAAAAGAAUUUAAUAGAACUCAAUCCGCAAAUCAAGCGAAGGAGAGAGAGAGAGAUGAGUAAGCGGAUACUGAAGAUAAUCCUCUACAUGCUACUCCUCAACUCUCUCUUCCUCUGCAUCUACUUCGCUUUCCACUCGUCCUCUCAUGAGCCAAAUCCAAAUCUCCCACUGCGAUUUCACGUCACCGUCAACAACCGUUCAUCGACUCAGAAGCCGUGGCCGAUCUUACCUUCUUACCUCAGAGGAGAAGAAAGCUGGUUCCGAUGCUUCUACAGCGAGACGCUACAGAGCUCGGUAUGCGAGGGGAGGAAUCUGAGGAUGGUUCCCGAUCGGAUCGUGAUGUCGAGAGGAGGCGAGAAGCUCGAGGAUGUCAUGGGGAGGAACGAGGAGGUCGAGCUUCCCGAGUUUCACGAAGCCGCGUUUGAGGUGGCGGAAGAUGAUGUCUCAUCCAAGAGAAACCGCGUGGUUUCGCGGCGGCUGGUGGAUGAGGAGAUGCUUAAUGAGUAUAUUAAAGAAGGUGGUAUCGAUAGACAUACAAUGAGGGAUUUGGUAGCUUCGAUUCGUGUUGUUGGUGGCACCGAAGGUUUCGUUUGUGAAGAGUGGGUGGAGGAACCGACUUUGCUAGUCACUCGAUUCGAGUAUGCGAAUAUGUUCCAUACCGUGACAGAUUGGUACAGCGCUUUUGUUUCCUCUAGAGUCGCCGGUUUACCUAACCGACCACACGUUGUUUUCAUCGAUGGACACUGCACGACGCAGCUAGAAGAAACAUGGACAGCUUUGUUUUCCGGAAUCAGAUACGCUAAGAAUUUCAGUAAACCGGUUUGUUUCCGUCACGCGGUUCUUUCACCAUUGGGAUACGAAACCGCUCUUUUCAAGGGCUUGUCGGAAGAUAUAGACUGCAACGGAGAAUCAGCUCAGAGUCUUUGGCAAAACCCGGAUGCUAAAAAGACCGCAAGGCUCUGAGAGUUUGGUGAAAUGAUUAGAUCAGCUUUCGGGUUUCCCCUCAACAGACACCGCUCAUCGGAAUCUUCAUCAUCAUCAUCAUCUCCUCUUCACAACGUUCUCUUUGUCCGCCGUGAAGAUUACUUAGCGCACCCUCGUCACGGCGGUAAAGUCCAGUCUCGGCUCAUCAACGAGGAAGAGGUGUUCGAGUCGUUGCACCACUGGGUCGCGUCUGGCUCCACUGGUCUUACGAAAUGCGGGAUUAACCUUGUGAAUGGAUUGUUUGCGCACAUGUCGAUGAGAGAUCAAGUCCGAGCCAUCCAAGACGCGUCAGUGAUCAUCGGAGCUCACGGAGCGGGACUGACUCACAUUGUAUCUGCGACUCCAAACACAACGAUAUUUGAGAUUGUGAGCGUGGAGUUUCAGAGACCUCAUUUCGAGCUUAUAGCGAAGUGGAAAGGUUUGGAGUAUCAUGCGAUGCAUCUGGCGAAUUCUCGGGCUGAUCCAUUGGCUGUCAUUGAGAAGCUAAAGGAGAUAAUGAAGAGUCUUGGCUGCUGAGAAAGGAAAAGAAAAAGAAUGGAACCCGGAAUAGUGAGUGCGUUCCAGUCUCCGGUGAGUCGGCAAGUUCGAACCUUGGCGACGGAAUGCUUUGAUAUGAUUAUGUCUAACUAGUGUAAAUUAGCUUUUGCUUUGUGUAGCAAACAUGCUUUUUUGACCUGUGAGGGUCAAAUACUGAUUUUUGGUCUGUA